AUGGCAACCUCAAAGGCAGCAUAUCUUGCUGAAAAGGCCAUUGGCCACGACGACAACGCCAUCACCCAGCAGGAUGUCUCCAACUACCCGCAGGCCGGCGCGGACACCAUGAAGGCGCUGGUGUGGAAGGGAAAGCAAAAGGUCGAGAUCGCCGACGUGCCCAAGCCCCAGAUCCUCGAGGACACCGACGUGAUCCUCAAGGUCACCGGCUCCACCGUCUGCGGCUCUGACCUGCACCUCUACCACGGCACCGUGGUGCAGCUGGCCGACGGCGACAUCCUAGGCCACGAGUUCUGCGGCGUCGUCGAGCUCGUCGGCCGCGCCGUCACCAAGGUCCAGGUCGGCAAGCGCUACGUCGCCUCGUUCCAGAUUGCCUGCGGCGACUGCUUCUUCUGCAAGCAGGGCCUGUCGUCGCAGUGCGAGAAGACAAACGCCAACACGGGCGCCAGGAGCCUCUACGGCGGCCGGACCGCGGGCAUCUUUGGCUACUCGCACCUCACGGGCGGCUUCGCCGGCGGGCAGGCCGAAUACGUCCGCGUGCCGCUGGGCGACGUGAAUCUGCUGGAGAUUCCGGACGAUGUCUCGGACGAAAAGGCCCUCUAUCUCUCCGACGUCCUUGCCACCUCGUAUCACGCCGUCAAGGACACUGCCGUCUACCCAAACGACCAAGUCGCCAUUUUUGGCGCCGGCCCCAUCGGCCAGAUGGCCGGCGUCUUCGCCCUCGGCGAAGGAGCGUCCAAGAUCAUCUUCAUCGACACGGAGCCGCGGCUCACCUUCAUCAAGCAGCGCUUCCCCGCCGAGCACGCCUCCAAGCUCGUCCUGGUCGACUACAAGAAGCUCUCGCACGGCGUCACCUCCAAGGAGACGGUCGUCAGCAAGCUCAAGGAGCUCUGUGACGGCCGCGGCCCAGACGUCGCCAUCGAGUGCGCGGCGGGCGAGUACGCCAAGGGCUGGAUGCACUGGCUGGAGAUGACCAUUGGGGCCGAGACGGACACGAGCGAGAUCCUGAACGAGAUGAUUGAGGGCGUGCGCAACUAUGGGCGCUGUGGCGUCACGGGUGUUUACGUUGCAUACACAAACCACUUCAACAUCGGCUCCCUCAUGCAGCGCGGCAUCCGCCUCAUCGGAAACGGCCAGGCCCCGGUGCACAAGUACUGGAAAGAGCUGCUCGCCAAGAUCCAGAAGGGCGAGCUCGACCCCUUGCAGAUGGUCUCUCACAGGGUCCGGCUGGAGGACCUGGACAAGGUGUAUAAGAAAUUUGAGAUCAAGGAGGAUGGCAUGCAGAAGGUGUAUGUCGAGACCAAGUUUUCCAAGCCCAAGGAUCCGAGGUCUCCUGAGUUGACGAGAUAUUAA